AUGACGAGUGGUUCAAUGGGUUCACGAGCAUCAAGUGUUGGGAAUUUAGGUUCAGUGGUGGUACGAUCAUCAAGUAAUGGGAGUUUACAACAAAAUCAACCACAGUUUCAAAACGGAGGAGUUGGAUUUCAGCAACAAAUGAAUCAAUCAACAACACAAGUUCCUUCUAAGAAAGCUUCGAAGACGUUUAUUAAUAAAGAGAAGGAUAAUGCGUUCAUGUGGAUCUUCAAAUUCGCACCUCGAAAGAAGGUUGGAAUGCUGCUCUUGUCUAUUGCUUCCACCGCAGCUAUGUUAUGGAUACUUUAUAUUGCCAAAGGUGCUCUCAUGUGUUUUAUUGGAUCUAAUCUCAAUUCAAUUUGCUUAUCAAUGAAAUUUGCUGAAUCCAUUCAUUGUUCGUCUUUGGGCCUUUUUGAAGGUGAAAUUAACCAGAAGAACAGUUCACUUGUAAGAUUUUCUGGAUAUUCACCAAGUAUUGAUGAAGAAAGAGUUCAGGAGUUCAAUUCUGCUUUAGUAAACGAUCAAAUGAAGAUUACAUUGAAUGAUGAUAACAGGGUUGAAGCCCACCCUCCUCCUCCUCCGGUUUAUUUCACAGGAUACACUCUUCCUCCUGGAAAUCCUUGUGAAUCCUUUAGAAUGCCACCUCCACCAGCAGACAAGAAAAAAACUGGGCCUCGUCCGUGUCCGGUGUGUUACCUCCCCGUGGAAGAUGCUAUUGCUUUAAUGCCAAAAGCGCCAUCAUUUUCUCCUGUGCUUCAUAAUCUAACCUACAUCCAUGAAGAGAGUUUAACUAAAAGUGAAUUUGGAGGGUCAGAUUUUGGUGGAUAUCCUUCUAUAAAGCAGAGAUCUGAAUCUUAUGAUAUAAAAGAGUCGAUGGCCGUGCAUUGUGGAUUUGUCAGAGGAGACAGGCCUGGGCGCAAGUCAGGAUUUGAUAUUGAUGAUUCAGAUCUUCUUCAGAUGGAUGCGUGUCAUGGAGUGGUGGUUGCAUCUGCAAUAUUUGGAGCCUAUGAUUUGAUUCAACAACCAGUGAACAUUAGCGAAACUGCAAAGAAAAAUGUCUGUUUUUUCAUGUUUAUUGAUGAAGAAACAGAAAAGUUUAUGAGGAAUUCAAGUCAUCUGGAUUAUAGCAAGAAGAUGGGAUUGUGGAAUAUUGUUGUUAUCUACAACCUGCCAUACACUGACCCAAGGCGAAAUGGGAAGGUUCCAAAGCUUCUACUACACAGGCUUUUCCCGAAUGCUCGAUACUCUAUAUGGAUGGAUGGGAAACUUAAGCUUAUCGUUGACCCUUAUCAAAUCCUUGAAAGGUUUUUGUGGAGGGAGAAUGCUAGUUUUGCAAUAUCUAGGCAUUAUAAGCGCUUUGACGUGUUUGUAGAAGCCGAAGCUAAUAAGGCGGCUGCAAAGUAUGACAAUGCCUCCAUUGACUUCCAGAUUGACUUUUAUAGAAAGGAGGGUUUAACACCAUAUUCUGAGGCCAAGCUUCCUAUUAGAAGUGAUGUGCCCGAAGGAUGUGUGGUAAUUAGAGAACAUGUUCCCAUCUCCAAUCUCUUUACUUGUCUUUGGUUCAACGAAGUUGACCGCUUCACUUCAAGAGAUCAGAUUAGUUUUUCCACAGUGCGGGAUAAGAUCAGGUCAAAGACGAAUUGGACGGUUAACAUGUUCUGGGACUGCGAAAGGCGAAACUUUGUAAUUCAGGGAUACCACAGAGACGUUCUUGAGCAUUGGGCACCGCCACCGCCUCCUGGUGCACCUGUUGUUUCCAAUACUCGAUCCUCCAUUCCUACCGAUAAACCACCAAAAACUUCUACAGAGAAGAUUGUAAGUAAUCCAAAAAAGAAGCCAUCAACAAAACGCCGAAGAGACAAAAAACCAAGCUCAAGGCGGCAUCGGAAAGUUGCUGCAGGCACACGAAACUACUAAAUGUAAGCAAAAAGGG